GUUGCAUUGGAUGCGUGUUUUUUCUUGAUGUCACUAGCCAUUCCAGAGUAACAUUGUCAGUCAUUGCCUCACAACCAAUGGUAAGUUUGCAUUGGCUGGACUCGCUGCUGCUCCUCGAGUCCCUCCUCGUGCUGUCCUCGCCGUGCACGCGCGUGGUACCCACGGUCGUGAGGAGGAGGAGGAUGUUGCGCGCGAAGGGGAAAUGGCUGCCGAAAACAAGCCGGAAGAUGAACAUGGACAUUUGAAAAUAUACCUGCCCAAAAAGCUGCUUGAAUGUCUACCAAAAUGCUCGUCGCUGCCAAAGGAGAGACACAGGUGGAACACCAAUGAGGAGAUUGCAGCUUACUUGAUAACAUUUGAAAAGCAUGAGGAAUGGCUAACGACGUCCCCUAAAACAAGGCCACAGAAUGGGUCGAUGAUCUUGUACAACAGGAAGAAGGUGAAGUACAGAAAGGAUGGCUACUGUUGGAAGAAGAGGAAAGAUGGGAAGACCACGCGGGAGGAUCACAUGAAGCUCAAAGUCCAGGGAGUGGAGUGUCUGUAUGGCUGUUACGUCCACUCCUCCAUCAUCCCCACUUUCCACCGUAGGUGCUACUGGCUGCUCCAGAACCCUGACAUCGUGCUUGUCCACUACUUGAAUGUGCCGGCCAUAGAGGAUUGUGGGAAGCCAUGCGGGCCAAUCCUGUGCUCCAUCAACACGGACAAGAAGGAGUGGGCCAAGUGGACCAAGGAGGAGCUGAUUGGCCAGCUCAAGCCCAUGUUUCAUGGCAUCAAGUGGACUUGCAGCAACGGGAACAGCAGCUCUGGCUUCUCAGUGGAGCAGCUGGUGCAGCAGAUUCUGGACAGCCACCAAACCAAGCCAACUCCCCGGACCCACAACUGCCUCUGCACAGGCACCCUGGGCGCAGGGAGCAGUGUGCACCACAAGUGCAACAGCGCCAAACACCGCAUCAUCUCCCCCAAGGUGGACCCCCGUGGAGGCUACAGCAGCGGUCACUCUGAGGUCCAGAACAACGACGUGUCCGAGGGCAAGACCGAGCACAGCAGCCAUGGAGGGGGGGGUAAAAGUUACGGAGGGGGAGGGGGCAGCGCCAGGGAGAAACGCAAUGGCAAGAUUCCCAAGCCUGUUCUCCUGCACCAGAACAGCACGGAGGUGUCUUCUACCAACCAGGUGGAGGUCCCUGACACCACCCAGAACUCCCCCGUGUCCAUCAGCAGCGGGCUGAACAGCGACCCAGAUAUGGCUGACAGUCCCGUGGUGACGGGCAUGGGCCACGUGGCUUCCGUCCUGUCCAGCCUGUCCCAGAGUGUAUUCAUGUCCGAGGUGACCGGGGACCCAGGCUACAGCAUGUCCCCCAAUGGGGGCCCCAACGCCCACCUCAUGGGCCCCGACGCAGCCUCUCAGGGACUGGGGUUGUCCGGUGUGGUGGCAGACAACCACAAGUUUGCCUUCCCUAGCGGAGGGGCUGGGGAGGGUCCCGGGGGGGCAGGGGGAGCAGGGGGAGCAGAUGGGCUGUCCAUGCUGUCUGCAGCCGGUGUGUCUGAGGAGCUGGUCCUGUCCAGCAGCCUGGAUGCCGGAGGCAUGAAGAUACCUGAGACCACCAUGAACUUUGACCCUGACUGCUUCCUCAACAACCCCAAGCAGGGCCAGACCUACGGGGGCAGCAGGCUGAAGGGGGGCGGCAGCUCCUCCUCUUCCUCCUCUUCCUCCAAUGGCACCAACGGCAGUAUGCAGCGCUCUCCAUCCAUGUCAGACUCUGGAUACAGCUUCAACUCUGCUCUGGUGAAGAACAUCAAGACGGAGGACAUGUCCUUCGAGCAGCAGCUGGCCACAGAGCAGGGCUAUCAGGUGGGGGCGGUGGUGAGCUGUGGAGGAGGUGGAGCUGGUUCCUCUGGGACUGGUUCAGCGCAGGGCUCCCUCGGCCUGACCCCGGCUGGCUCUCUGCUGCCCUCUGGAGGAGGCCUGAGCCCCAGCACCACCCUGGAGCAGAUGGACUUCAGCGCCAUCGAUGCCAAGCAGGAAUACUCCUCCGGGGCUGGGUCAGUGGGCUAUGGCCAGGCUAUGAACAGCCCCCACCUCUCCCACCAGAGCCACUCGCCCAGCUUCUUCCUCCAGGACACCCAGCAGUCCGGCCAGGCCCAGCAGGGCAGGUCCUCCAUGGGCCAGAAGACUCAUCUGAUGGAGCACAACUCCCACGACUCCACAGCCUACAUGGGCCUGCAGGUGGUCAAGACGGACUCCCCUGGCAUUAACGGCCAUCUCCACCACCACCACCAGAGCCACCACAGGGCCAACUGCAACGGUGGCUCCCCCACCGAGGGGCCAGGGCAGGGGCCUGGGUCUCUCCAGCUUCUGCAGUACCAGGGGGGCUUCCCUGGGCUGGGGCCAGAGCAUGAGGAGGUGGUGGGUCUGGAGCAGCCAGGCAGCGUGGGCUCAGGCCAGGCAGGGGGAACAGAGAAUGGAGAGGGCCUACUGAAGCCUGGGGAUCACCUCCAGGCCUGUGGAGGAGGCAACCCAGAGGGAGGAGGGACAGAGCACUACCUGCAGCAGGCCAACGGUGGAGGAGGUCAGGGAGGUGGAGGAGGAGGGGAAGGAGUGACCAUGCAUAACGGAAAUGGCAUCAACAACGACGGCAGCAGCCGCUCACAGCAGCAGCAGCAGCUGCAGCCCCUCCUCCAGGGGGCUGGGAUGGUCCAGGGCCUCUACAACACUGUGGGUCCCCACCAGGGCCUGGGCGGAUCGGGCUCUAACGGGGGAGCAGGAGGGGGAGGCAUGGAGAUCAGCUUGGACCACUUCGACAUCUCCUUUGGAAACCAGUUCUCUGACCUCAUCAAUGACUUCAUCUCUGUGGACGGUAGUGGAACCAACAUGGCUGCCGGGGGAGCUCUUUACAACCACCAGCUGGUGGCCAACCACGGCUCAGACAGUCAGGCCACGCCUAGUGGAGCUCCCCAGCAGGGCCAGGAGGACGGAGGGGUAGGAGGGGCCCGGGGGGCAGGAUACAGCCCCUCAGAGCUCUGUCUCCAGCCCUGCUGCAGCCCUCAGUCUCUAGGUGCCGGGGCUGGGGGUGCAGGGACGGAGUCAGGCUCUCUGGCAUACAUGGACGUGGCGGAGGUGGUGUCUGCAGCCGUGGCCCACGGGGCUCUGGGGAUGUUGCAGGCCACAGGGAGACUCUUCAUGGUCACUGACUACUCGCCCGAGUGGUCCUACCCUGAGGGAGGAGUGAAGGUGCUCAUCACUGGUCCAUGGCAGGAGGCCAGCUCUAACUACAGCUGCCUGUUUGAUCAGAUAUCUGUCCCUGCCUCUCUCAUCCAGCCUGGGGUGCUGCGCUGCUACUGCCCAGCUCAUGACACUGGGCUGGUGACACUGCAGGUGACUGCCAGUAACCAGAUCAUCUCUAACUCAGUGGUGUUUGAGUACAAAGCCCGCGCUCUGCCCUCACUGCCCUCCUCACAACACGACUGGCUCUCACUGGACGAUAACCAGUUCAGAAUGUCCAUCCUGGAGCGCCUGGAGCAGAUGGAGAGACGGAUGGCAGAGAUGGCCUCCCAUCACCAGCAGGGCAGCGGAGGAGGUGCAGGAGGAGGAGGGGGAGCAGGAGCAGGUGGAGGAGGAGGAGGUGGUGGUCACAACAGCCAGACACAGUGUGUGUCAGGGCAGGGUCAGGCGGGCAGCAGCUUUGAGAGCCGUGUGGUGGUGGUGUGUGAGAAGAUGAUGAACCGGGCCUGCUGGGCCAAGUCCAAACACCUAAUCCACUCCAAGACCUUCAGGGGCAUGACCCUGCUCCACCUGGCCGCUGGGCAGGGCUACGCCACCCUCAUCCAGACACUCAUCAAGUGGCGCACCAAGCAUGCAGACAGCAUUGACCUGGAGUUGGAGGUCGAUCCCCUCAAUGUGGACCACUUCUCCUGCACCCCUCUGAUGUGGGCGUGUGCCCUAGGUCACCUGGAAGCGGCAGUGGUCCUGUAUAAAUGGGACCGACGGGCCCUGGCCAUCCCUGACUCCUUGGGACGCCUGCCCUUGUCCAUCGCCCGCUCCCGCGGCCACACCAAGCUGGCCGAGUGUCUGGAGCAGCUGCAGAGAGAGGAACAGCAGCCCCCUGCACCUCUGCCCCCCACCACACGCAUGUCCUUCUCCCCCACCCCCCACGACGCUCCCACCUCAGACAGCUGGAUGGUCACAUGGGCCAGCGACGGCGUGAUGGCGCCCGGCGGGAAGAAAGGAGGCUCCACCACGGCCACCUCGAGCAACCUCAACCCAGACUUGAGAAGGCCGCGAUCCGAGCCCUCCAACUACUACAGCAGUGAGUGCCAGCGAGACCUGCCCCUGGCCAAGAAACACAAGCCAAACCCAGAGAUGUUCCAGGCCCGGCCCGACAAGGCCAUGUCUGUCCCACUGAGCCUGGAGCAGCAGCAGCUACACAAGCUGUCCUUCAGCCCCAAGAGCCUGUCCCAUGAGGGCCUCAGCCCAGACAAGAGCCUCUCCGGUGGGGCAAGUGCUGGAGAAUCCGGAGGAACCAAGUGGCGCUCCAGGGAGGGUUUCUCCAGUGGGGGCUCAGGCAGGAAGGGCUCGGGGGGCUCUGGGGGCAGCAGCCUGGGAAAGGAGAAGCUGGCUAUCAGGCUGAGACAGAGGGAACAGCUGGGGAACAUGCUGGUGAUAGCUGAGAGAGAGAUGGUGAGCACUGAGCUGCUGUCCUACAGAGAAGAUCUGGAGAACCAGGACUGUAUGACACAGAUGAAUGACCUGCAGGUGAACAUGAUGACUCUGGCAGAGCACAUCAUUGAGGCGACCCCAGAGAGGAUCAAGAGGGAGAACUUUGUGGCCCUGGACGGGGUGCCCCUGGACAGUACUGGGGUCAGCAACACCAUGAGCUGGUUGGCCAGUUACCUCGGAGACGUGGAACAGCUGCCCAGCAUUAUACAUCUACGAUCUCUGUACAGUGGACCUCUCGCUCCGUCCUCCAGCCCAGGGGGGUCUCCCCUGAGGGAGGGGUCCAUGGGGAGGCCCACCCUGCCCCCCCCGGCCGACUGGAGCGAGUUCCUCCAGGCCUCCAACAGCAAGGUGGAGAGAGACCUGGCCCAGCUCACCCUGUCCGACCCCGAGCAGAGGGAGCUGUACGAGGCCGCCCGUCUAGUCCAAACUGCCUUCCGCAAGUACAAGGGGCGCCCAUUCAGAGAUCAACAGGAAGUAGCUGCGGCCGUCAUUCAGCGUUGUUACAAGAAGUACAAACAGCUUACAUGGAUAGCCUUGAAGUAUGCACUUUAUAAGAAGAUGACGCAGGCCGCCAUUCUUAUCCAGAGUAAGUUCCGCAGCUACCAGGAGCAGAGGAAGUUCCAGCAGAGCAGGCGGGCGGCCGUGCUGAUCCAGCAGUACUACCGCGGCUACAAGGAGUUUGGCAGGCUCAGGCCCCACCGCAGAGGAGCCGCCGCCGCCCUGGUGCAACAUAAACUCAGAAGUAGUCUGCUCUCCAAGAGGCAGGAUCAGGCUGCCAGGAAGAUCAUGAGGUUUCUACGCCGCUGCCGCCACAGCCCCUUGAUGGACCAUAGACUGUUCAAGCGGAGUGAACAAAUCGAAAAGGGCCAAGGAACAUGAGAACCCUCAGAAGAGCCCCCUCACAAUGUGACAUCACUCUCCUCCUUUUCUUUCCCCCCUUUGUACCCAAGACAUUUUACAAGAGAAGAAAAUAAACAGUUCAGUGAAAACACUGCGAUUAUUAUUACAACUAUGACAGCGUGACUGAUUCCACUUCGAUUACAUGUACAACAACAACAGCAUUUUUCACGUUUAUCUAUCGUUGUGUAUGUUGGAGAGUGGCAACUUCUUCUGUAGAAUUCUAAACUAAAGGAGAAGAAGCUGUGGGGGGCAGAACAUUAGCUUCAUGACAUUUUUUGCACUUUUUCAUGGAUUGCUUUGUCUUUUUGGGAGUAUCGGAGUCUAGGUUUUUAGAUGGUAAAGGAAGAGGAAUGUUGGACAUGUGGAAAAGGUCCCUGCCACCAGUGGAUCAAACCAAAAGGAUAAGAUGGAGGACAGCUAGGAUGGAGGACAGCUAGGAUGGAGGACAGACGCCAACCAGAACAUAAGGAAACAUUACAGAAACACAUUGGGACUUGGCUCUAAUUGUUUUUCAUCAUUUAAAAAAAAAAGUGAACUGAUUCAUCCAUUUGAAGGAGAAAACAUGUCAUCUAAUGAACCAAACAUUCUCGGUAAUAUAUUGAUCCAUUUGCAAACUUACUCUCCCUAUCAACAGUCGGUGAAUACAUUCAGUAGAGUAACUGGAAAUAGAUCAAGCGUCCUUCUGUUACGCUGUGCUCUACUCCGCCAGUCAGGCCGAAGGGGUGGGGCUGCAUCUGAAUGUAGGAGGGGUUUGAGAUGGAAUGGGCGGGGCUUAUUAAAAUAAUGGCUUAUUUUGUUAUCUACGUUUAGGGGGCACUGUGAGGCAAGAGAUAAAGGGAUUCAAUGAGGUGUGUUUUUUUUAUUUUUAAUAUAUGUUUAAUUCCUCUUUGCUUGAAUCUGUUCCGUGCUUAUACCCAUUACCGGUAUAACUGACUUGUCUCCUAAAAAAUGAUGUGUUGUCGAUUUUAUCAAAUGUGCAUGCCUAUGGGUGAAAGUCUUCGUCUGCGUGCUUGGAAUUAGGUCUGUAACCUCUGUUUUUCAAUGUUUUGCGUUUGUCUUCAUGUUAAAAUGCAACAGAGUCUCCCAUGUACCCACCUACUUCCCCAAGAGUCAUUCAUACCCUCUAGUUACUGAAUGACACCAACAUUGUCCUCUUGUUUUCUUUUUCAUUUGCCUUAUUUGUUUCCUCGGUAUUCUAAAAAGAAAGAAAACUUGCCUCUUUUGUGUUGUAAUGAUUACAGUCAUGAAGGUUAUUGUUGUUCAUUUUAAAUGAACUUCAGGGCCUGUGAGGGCUUUUGAGGGGAAGAUCACAUACAUUUUAAAUGAACUUCAGGGCCUGUGAGGGCUUUUGAGGGGAAGAUCACAUACAUUGCCUUGACGUCUUAGAGAUUCUUCGAGGGGUCCCUAAGCUAGUCCCAAAAUAGGGGUUAGACAAAUCCAUAUUUUUGACAAUUGAGCGGUUUCUGUAUAUAAAGAAGGCUGAAGGUACGUAGGGAAAAACAUUUACCCAAAGGGGAUUGUAUUUUAGAAAUAUAUUAUUUUAUUCAUUAAAAAGGGGUCAAAAACAGGUACGAGACAAAAACAGAAUAUUUGUAUAGUUUUGUUUGAAUGCCUAAGAAGUAUGGUUGUAUUGAUUGUAUAUAGUGUAAAUACCUGGGAUAAAAAUGAGCUAUGUGCAUGAAAAACAUGAACAAAGGUUAAAAAACAAAACACUAAACAAAAGCAGUAGUGGCUAUGCUCUGUAAAAUGAUUCUAACUAUUUCACUAUAAGAGUAUUUUAUUUUAUUUUGAUUGUUCUUGAGAAGAACAUUUUGCUAAAGCAUGACAUUAUUGCGAAUACUAAAAAGUUUUAAAAAAUAUAUAUAAUGUAUUUAGAGAUAGGAGAAAUCUGCAAAAUGAUCUUAAGACAUGUAUGGUUAUGUUUACAUUUUUGUUUUGGGCUACCAAGAAUCUUUUGCCAAUGGUGCCAAGUAAUGUGAAUGCUAUAUUGCUUAACAAGAGAAUUAAGUUAAUCUUAUCAGAACAGAUAAUCAUACAAUGAAAUAGACACUAACAUUGAAGACCACAAGGUCCCAUCACGACUGGCAGCGAAUCACAGAUAGAGGUACACUUUGCAGAGGGAGAAAUAUUUCUACAGCAACUUUUAAGUCUCCUGUUUCUCAUCCGUUAUCACACGUCAGAACAACCCAAGAUGUUUUGUUUGUUGCCAUCAUCACCAAAUACACAGGGAUCACUUUGUCAGUAACAUUUCAAAUGCAAAAGAAAGGUGUGCUUUAUUUGAACCGUAUGAGAGAAGGGUGGUGGUGUCAAUCUCUUAGCAUGUUCAUAUGGAUUGUGUUCAUAUAAAGAUUGUAAAUGGCAACCGUGUCUGUGGGAAUCUCAGCCCUGUUUCUUGUUGUUGUUGUUUAGAGUUGAGGUUGAUUGAACAUGUGUUUCAUAGGACAACUCACGGGGGAUGAAAUAGACGAUAUCAACUUGUCAAACUGCUGACACAAGACAUUUUGUUUUUACGUUUGGGCUGGAAGCUUAACUUUACCCAGGCCUGUCAGGGUCUGGACAGACCAGAGUCAACAUGUAAUGUGGCCAACAGUGAAUGAUGUGUAGCAUCGCUGGCAUUCUUUGUAAAAGUAAACGAGUCAUUUGCCUGCAGAAGCAACACUUUAAACAAUCGAAAGUGCAACAACAACAACAAAAAGAAACGGAUGGAGUUUAUGGUGAAACAUAUGAACCAUUAUGGAUCGUUGCAGCUAAAUCAAUGAGCCAAAAGGAGUGAUCUGUAAGCGUAACAAGAUGCACCACUACUAUUAUAGCAACUUCUGAGGAAGAAUACAAUGUAUGUGUCUGGUUCAUAAUGGGGUAUGUGAGGGCAGUGUUUGAAAGAUGAUGAAAUGAAAUGUGGGAAGUGGGAACAGACCCAUUGAUACCAGUUGAUUAUACUGUAUCUGUGAAUGCAUGAUAGAGACUAUCCAAUGGUAUUCAAUCCUAGGCCAUACGUGUCUGCUGGUUCUUGCAGUUCUGCUGAAAUAUAUUAUAUUCCUAUAAGAACAUGCCAUUGGACAAUUACAUUUUGUUGUUUUAAAUGCUGAAAUGCAUCUCAAGACACUGUUGGCUGUUCUGAUGUUUUUGUUUUUAUGUACUUCUGGGUUUAUUUCUCUGUAUGUGUGUGUUUAUUUCACAGAGACUUGAUAUGUAAACCUAUUUUCAGAGUGUUUAUGUAGAAAGUGCCUAAUCAUAUCCUGAUUGAUCGCACAAAGCCAAUGUCAGGAAGCAUGCAAGGUACCUAAAGGAGGAAAACAUGGCUUUGGAGAUACCAAUAGCAACUGAUCCAUAAUUCUUUAGGACCACCGUAUAUCAAGUACAUACAAUAUAUCAAUCCAAAACCAUCACCCAAAUCAUUCCAGUGACAGUGUUCCCUUAACCCACGGAGCGCAUUCCAUCUUGUCAACAUUCAUUUUCUAUUGGAACUGCCUGUUGAAACCAUGAGAAUUAGAUUCCAUAACUUCUGUGGUUUUAUUGCCUUGCAUUCAUCAUUCUGGUAGUGGUAAGAAUGCCAGCCAAUACACUGCUGUGGCCAUAUGAGAAGGUUUUAUUAUGCUUGCAUGGGUAACAUAGUUAACUGGGUGACUGAACUGCACCCAAAGCAUGCUUAUUUUUCUAGAAUCGGUAGUUAGACUUUUAAAGACUUGCUGUUCUGUAAAACGAAGAACGUUGGUUUGACGUGUCACAGAACUCUGAAAGACGGAGGGCAUGUGAUUGGAGGGAAGAGGAGAACCCUUAAAAUACAAACUAUGAUCAAUCUGCAGUAUUUACUGACCAUAUUUCCAGGGGUAGCAUGAGGGCAAGUUUUUCUAGAAGCAAGUUGAAACUUUUUUUAACACAUUUUAUUUUUCAUUCAUUUGGAUAUAGAGAUGGUGUGCUCUCAACUUCAAAUACCUGAACAGUUCGGACACUCUUUUGGCAGUAUACUGCAAGUAUUAUACUAGACAACACACACACACACACACACACACACACACACACACACACAGGCAACAGUACACUGCACUGGACAUAUCCAGAUAUGCAGAUAGAUAUGUCAAGGCACAGUCAGUCUCACUUGUACACAGUUCAGCAGAUGGAGCUCAUCAUUGUGUUAUUUUCCUCGCCUGCUCCUAGUCCUAGGGAACGGCUCACCUCCCUUCCGUCUUUUACUCAGGGUGCCAAAAUGGGGAGGAGGAAGUGGAGCAGGACACUGAUUGGUGAUUCACUGCAGAGAGAGAGGACAUACUGUAUUGAAGUAGGAUAGGAAGAUGCAACACCCCUCAACAGAACUUUCUGGUCAAGACAGGCAAAGGAUUACUAUGAUCCUGGAUACAUUACUGUUAUCCAUUUCCUCUCAGAUAAGUAAGCUGAACUGAGGAGAGAUGUAAGGACACUAAAUCAGAAAUAGGGGAUACAAAACAUUGUAGUGUAGCUAAUUAUAAUUGAGACAAGUUGAUCACUUGGCUACAGCUCAGACAGAAAGGAGUUUGCAUUAUGGGGCACUAUGGCUUGAAGUCUAUUGGAAAUGCUUCACUUUCUUUUAAAGACUAUGCUAAUGAGUAUAGUAACAUUUCAACCUUUGACCUCCUCUGACUUGAUGUUUCUCAGUAAAACAAGGACUUGCUAUGUAAUAGUAUCACACACAGCUUCAAAUAGUCUAUCGAGUUAUUCUCAGUUCUACAUUUCAUCUCAGUUAUGGGUGAUGACAUGGUGAAACAUUUGAGUGGGGUCUUCCUGAGACUUUGAGGCAGUUGAAGAUGACCAGAUAUUAAAGGGACAGAUGUUUCAGAAAAAAGCCCUUCAGGAAUGGCUGACAGCCAUUUUCUGGGUGGUAUGACAGGUUAGCUAUAGAAACAGGCACUUCAUAUGGAUAUGAUUACCUUCAUUACACUCUGCUAAUUGACCCGAGGGACUAGCUUUCCUCCUCUACCUUUGUCAAUGCACCCAAACUACUGAAAGGUAGGCACAUCAGGACCACAGAGCAGAAACCAUCUCACAACGUUUUCCACUUGUGGACACAGAGCAAUAAGCAUUAUUUUGUGGAGACCUAUAGACCUAGUGAAGAUAGAAAAAGAUUGGACACAUUUAGUUGACGUACUCUUAUGCAAAUGCCAGUAUUGCAAGACAAGCAUUCAGUAGUUUAUGGACAGCAAUUAUAUGGCACCCUUUACCGAACUGCACGUUUUCAUCAAUUCCAAACCAAGAAGAAAAAAAAUGGCCCUUCUUUUAAACAAAGUCGUGGGUCCUCGACACUUUGCAUGUGAACUAGUGUUAGAUACAUUUUCCUCUCCUCUAUAACUGUCUUCCUCUCGGUCUUUCCCUGUUGUGACCCUCUCUUUCUCUCCUUCCCCUAUUAUUUCAACCACUCCUUUUUCCCGUUCUCCUAAUGUGUAUUGCUUUCUCCUACUUUUUCUUCCCCUUCUUUCUUGUUUGUUAGUUUUGUUUUUGUAAUUGUGCAUGUACAAGUGUCACUGACUCGAUGGAUAUGUAAAAAAAAAAAUAAUAAGAGAUUUCAGCUGCUGAAGCCAUGCAAAACGUUUUGAAAUGCCCUUAAAAUAUGGAAGAUGUUUUCUGAAUGCUUUAUAUUCUUUCUGCUGUAAAAUAAUAAAAAAAGAAAAAAAUGAAGAAAACAAACAACAUUUGAUUUUGUCU